ACGAGACGCAACACAAACGCGUAACUAACGCAUCAAUAGGAUCGAUCUGUCGAUAUAUCAGGACAGUGAGCGGAUCGAUCAGAGGAAUAAAACUAACUAUUGACGGCGGAUUUAGUUCAAGCGUUUCUGCGAGAAUUCAACAGAUCACAAUGUGUAACAUGGAGCCUCUUUUACCUGGAUUCAGAAACGCACUAAAGCGUCAGGCGGCGUUCGAGAUGUUCGAAGACCCCAUGUCUCUGUUCUCGGGCUUUUAUGCGGUUGAGGAGGAGCAGGCCGCUCAGGAGGUCCCGUCCGGUCUGGACUGUUUUUCCCAGGAUGCCGGCAUGUGCUCAGUUCCUCUGCUGACACCCUGCAGUAAAGCCAUGGUCAGUCAGGCACUGAAGGACAGCUUUAACGGCUUCUCCAAGGUGCAGCGCGUCUGCGGGAUCUCCAACAACCCACGCAAGUGGACCAAGCAGCACGUCCUGCAGUGGCUGUACUGGGCGUCCGGAGAGUUCAGUCUGACCAACAUCAGCUUCUUCAAGUUUGACAUGAGCGGACAGGAGUUGUGCGACCUGGAAAAGGACGGAUUCCUGGAUCUUGCUCCGGAUUUCGUGGGCGAUAUUCUGUGGGAGCAUCUGGAGCAGAUGAUGAGAGCCUGUCAGGAGGAUGAUGAGGCCAAAGUCUUGAGUCGCUCGUCUGAGUGCAGCUGGACCAGCAGCAGCUCCGGCAGUCUCAGUCUGGAGGAGUGUUCUCUGAAGGUUCCUGAUACUCGUGGAAGUCUCCUGCGGGAGCUCUUCGAGACGCCUGAGGAGUCGGGUCUGCUGUCGUUCGGUCAGGAGCUCUCCAUGUACCCCAAACCUCAGCUCAGCACCGUCAGCGUCAGCUACGCCAGUCGAGAGAGAAAAGCAGCUCUGUGUCUCGCAGCAGUGUCGUCAGUGGAGAGCGUGGAGAGCACAGACUGCUCCGAGAGCGUCCUCCGCUCCUGGGGGAGCCACUCGUCGCUCGCCGAUGCCCAGCGCGUCCCGUCCUACGACAGCUUCGAGGAGGAGCUCGGCGUGGCUCCGCUGGGCCUCGGGAAACAGGGCCUGUCCUUCAAAGACUACGUCCAGGAGAGGAACGAGCCGCUGGAGCAGGGCAAACCCGUCAUCCCCGCCGCCGUGCUCGCUGGAUUCACCGGAAGUGGCCCCAUUCAGCUGUGGCAGUUCCUGCUGGAGCUGCUGACCGACACGAGCUGUCAGAGCAUCAUCAGCUGGACCGGAGACGGCUGGGAGUUCAAACUCACCGACCCCGACGAGGUGGCGCGCCGCUGGGGAAAGAGGAAAAACAAGCCUAAGAUGAACUACGAGAAGCUGAGUCGAGGCCUGCGCUACUACUACGACAAGAACAUCAUCCACAAGACUUCAGGGAAACGCUACGUGUACCGCUUCGUCUGCGACCUGCAGAACCUGCUGGGAUACACGGUGGAGGAGCUGCAUGGCAUGCUGGGAGUGCAGCCGGACACCGAGGACUGAAGCGGCGGCGGGAAACCUGACAUCACGUCCAGACCUCAGAGAAGGUCUCUGUUUGAGGAGAACGGCCGGUUCGGUCGACGCACGCUUGUCGCUGCGGUUCUUCGGUCAGCCGAGCGUUGAACACACUUUAAAACACUGGAUCUGAUCUUUUGACGCUGUGUUCACAGAACCAGACGAUUCCUGUAAUAAUGUAGAUUCACCAAGAGACGGAAGAGAGUUGAUUUUCCAAGCACACGGCUGGGAUUGCCGCAUCUGUGAUUAUCGCAGCGGAGCUCGCGAUGCCUUCGGAGAGUUUCUGAUUGAUUGCUUUUAUUGAGAACCGCAUUUUCAGGUUUGAAUCACUUCUGGUGGCCUUUCUAAUGGAGAGACUGAGCAUUAUUAACAAUCACUCUGAACUUUGUUUUAACUCUUUCCCUGCCUCUUUUCACUGUUAUACGCUAGGGGGCGCUGUUACGCACCUCCUGAAUGAGUCUAGAAUCACUCGAUCAAAAACACAGGCGAGGAAGACGCAGAAACGAGCGAUCUCAUAUGUAUGCAUAUGCAUAUGAAAAAUAAUGUGAUCAUGAACACUAACCACAUAUAAAUGAAAACUGUCUAAUGUUACCGAGUGAAAUGUGGAUCCAGAAAGUGAAAGAAAGUACUGAUGGAAGCCAUCUACUGCAUCUUUGCUUUGAUAAAAAUGCGAUUUUUCUCAGUUUUUUGCUCAAAAUGUUGCUUUUUUUUAUGAAACCUACCUACAUUCAAGUGUUGAUUUAUAAAAAAUGAAAAACAAUACUUGAAGCUAGAAUAAAACUGAUUUUUUUUGGUUUGAAAGUAGAGGGUCUGGUUUUUAUUUUGAUGUAUUGCAUGUUCAGAUAUUCAUACAACGAAAUAUUCUGGGACCAUGAAAUUUGAGUGAAAAUCAGCUAAAACGCUGACGGUGGCUGGCAACUUUUUUUGAGUUGAUCUUGAUUUGAUCCAGGAUUCUUCGUUUUCCUGAUAUUCCUGUAUAUUCUGUGAGUGUUUCAGUAGAAACUGCUGAUCUUCUGUGUAUUUAUUGGAGGAUAGCUGGUCUAUGGAGGGAUUUCGUAUCGUUGCUUGUUUUUGCUCAGGCCAAAGGGACGUGGCGGUUUCACGUCUGAAUGUUUACGUUUACCAAAGUUACGAGAUGCGGUUAAUCUGUGGCCGUUUGGCAGACGCUGAACUGAAAAGCUGCUGUAAUCUGCUUUCUUUUCGCACAUCGAUGAUUGACUCAUUCUGAUCUCACAGGGAACGACUUUCAGGAUCAGAACGACUGUUUGACUGUACAUUUAUGCUGUAUAUUUACUCCAGACUUCUACACUAUUAUCAUAAUUUAUACAGAAACCGUGUGAUUAUUAAUCACUGUGUCCUUAUGUUUGUAUGAGUUUAUGUUUGUAUACAAGUGAGUUUGUUUGUAUUUAAUCGUUUUCUAUAUUCGGUUGCUCUUCAGAGAAGGUCUAUUUUGCAGAUGAAUAUGAAAAGUGAUUUAUGAUGAGGAGUUUUAUUGAUCCAUUCAAGUGUUUUCAAGAGUAUAUCUUUAUUAUCAAGCCUUUAUUAGUCAAAGCAGCGCUGUUUGUGCUGAACGUCCCAGUGAUUUUUACACCGGUGGAAACAUGUUCAUCAAGAUCUGUGUUUAAGAGCCGUUUGACUCAUGAGAAUCUGUCCAGACAUGCAUCUUUAUGUCAUGAAAACACUGCCAACAGUAUAGUAUCUCUGUGAAAAUCAACAAAUAAAUUCUCUUUAAAUGA